CGCCUCGGCAAGGCGCUCGCGCAGCUCGGCGUCGCGUCGAGGCGCGCGAGCGAGGACCUCAUCUUCGCCGGGCGCGUCGCGGUGAACGGCGUCGUCGUCACCGCGCCGCAGCAUCACGUCGUCCUCGCGGACGACGUCGUCGCGGUGGACGGCAAGGUGAUCCAAGGAGGCGUGGAGGAGACGCGCGAGCACCUGUACUUCCUCCUGAACAAGCCGAAAGGGUACAUCUGCGCGAACGCGAAGAGCCCGAACAAGCCGCCGGGCAAGGGCGAGCGCGGCGGCGGCGCGAGCGGCAAGCUCGUCAUGGACCUCUUCGACGAGUGGAAGGCGGCGUGGCGGAAGAAGCAUCCGAAGAGGCUGCCGCCGCGGCUCUUCACCGUGGGGAGAUUAGACGUCAACACGACCGGGAUGCUGCUCGUGACGACGGACGGGCAGUGGUGCCAGCGCGUCGCGCACCCCAAGUCGGAGGUGGUGAAGAGCUACGUCCUGACCGCGAGCGCGAGGCCGACGAAGGCGCAGAUCAGGGCGAUGGCGGCGGGCGCGGAGGUGGACGGCGCGUUCGUCAAGCCGGUGAACGUCCGAAGUAUGGAUAACGACCGCGACGGCGGGCCGCCGAACCGCGUCCUCGUCGAGGUGGUCGACGGAAGGAACCGCGAGGUCCGACAGCUCGCGUCGAGCGCGGGCGUGGACUGUAAAAAGCUGAAGCGGGUGCGCGUCGGCGGGUUGCGGAUG